AUGUUCAAAACCCCAAUUGGUAUGUCUCCUUAUCAACUGAUUUAUGGUAAAGCUUGUCACCUUCCUCUUGAAUUAGAGCAUAAAGCCUUUUGGGCAUCCAAACUUUUGAAUUGUGAUCUUGCAAAGGCCGGUGAAUCCCGAAUUCUUCAACUCCAUGAGUUAAAGGAAUUUCGUAAUCAGGCUUAUGAGAAUUCCAAGAUGUACAAGGAGCCAACAAAGAAGUGGCACAAUCAGAGAAUUCAGAAGAAAGAAUUCUGGGAAGGACAACUGGUGUUGUUAUUCAAUUCUAGGCUCAAGUUGUUUCCUGGCAAAUUGAAAUCCAGAUGGUGA